AGCCUCGCUGGUCCUGAUUAGACUGUUUCAGAACCGAAUGUGUUUUCGGGAGGGAAACUUCACAGCAUUGGUUCUGAGUCAAAUACGUUUCGAGUGAGCGGACCCAGAAGUCGUAUAACGCUGGGAUUCACGAGAUUACACAUACUUAGACACCUUUCUCCAUAGAAUUAGUGGUCAUGUCUGGCAUUGCUCUGAGUCGACUUGCACAAGAGCGUAAAGCAUGGAGGAAAGACCAUCCAUUCGGCUUUGUUGCUGUGCCAACAAAAAACCCAGACGGCACAAUGAAUCUUAUGAACUGGGAAUGUGCAAUUCCAGGAAAGAAGGGGACACCGUGGGAAGGAGGGCUGUUUAAGUUAAGGAUGCUAUUUAAAGAUGACUACCCAUCUUCACCCCCAAAAUGUAAAUUUGAACCUCCACUGUUCCAUCCCAAUGUGUAUCCUUCAGGAACGGUGUGUCUGUCCAUUCUGGAGGAAGACAAGGACUGGAGACCUGCCAUCACCAUUAAACAGAUCCUGUUGGGGAUUCAGGAGCUUCUAAAUGAACCAAACAUACAGGAUCCAGCUCAGGCAGAGGCUUACACUAUAUAUUGUCAGAAUCGAGUGGAGUAUGAGAAAAGAGUUCGUGCACAGGCCAAAAAAUUCUCCCCAUAAUAACCUGACGAGAGACUGGAGGAAUGAGAGGUUAUGUGGAUACUCGUGCUGUCCUCUUGCCGGGACUAAAAGGACUUAAAAUAUGACAUCUGUGCCAUCAACCUUACACUUUUACACACUCCUCUUUCCUUUUACUUUCAUAUUCUCUCCGUUCUGCUCAGUCAGAAUGAUAUCAGAAUGAUGUCAAAUUUCUUUACCCACGUUGAAUUCCCAUUGAGAAAUGACAUCUCAGUCUUCGGUCAAAGCAGGCUGUUUUUAGCUCUGUUCAGCUGGUGUGUGAAUACACAAACGUGUCAUUUUAUUAUGUUUGUGGGGUUUUCUUCCCACAGCGUGUGUGUGUGUGUUGUGUGUGUGUGCGUGCGUGCGUGUGAGUCUGUGUAUGUUCCUGUGUGUGUUUUUGGAUGGUUUAUUACAUUAUGUUGGUAGGUAAGACUGUGCUUCAUGCUGAUAUUUCCCCCAGAAUGCUGAUCUAGGACCGGUUUGCUCUUCAUAGGACAUGAUGUAUUUGACCAGUCACGUGGUCUUAGAUCUGUCUAGGAUUGUCUAAUGUUGAUAUGUCAGUUAAAGUCCAGAACAUUUACUCGAGGGAAAAGUGGAACCAGAGUUGGAUUCUCUCCAGCAUGAUGUACGUUUCUUCUCUGUUUGAUGGGAACAUGUGUUCACAGAUUGUGUGUAUGUUUAAUAAAACUUUCUACAAAAUA